UGUAAAUGCAUUGUUGCUCAUGCUACGGAUCGCUCAAGGCCAGCAAGCUCAGGCGAGGUACCCACAAGCUCUUCCAGCACAUUUUAGCUACAGUGUUGUACUCCUUCUCAAUGGAUCUUUUGUGAUGUUCCUUGCUCUUUGUCUUAAUAAGUCAUCUUAUCUUCGGUGACCAGACUAGGAUCUCUUUAAUUUGGCUGACGCUUGGCUGUUGAGUUUGAUUACAUACAAACUUUUCAUUCUGGUGAAUCGACUCUGCUCUUACGUCGACCCGCAACUCGGCUCUCUCAGCUGCUCCCCUGCCGUGUUUAUACUCCGGAGUGGCUUACCAGAGUAAUUAACUCUUCUUGUGGAUGUUGACGUAUGUGGGCUUGAAAAUCCGCAUUGCCAGUUUCUGAAGAGUUAAUUUUGACGUUCGUUUCAACCACACUCGCUACUAGGACCAGACGGCUCUGACACUGGUAUCACUCACUCAUUGCAUUGAAGGCGGUUGCCUGUCAUGCGCUUCUCACUAUUACUCAGUGCCCUGGGCGCUGCAGCUGUUGAGAUUCCAGCUCAGAACGCUGGAGAAGGUCUCUAUCGAAGGAUUGAAUCAGCAAGCCUCCAACCUGCUGCUGCCAAUACACAGGCACCCGCUCAAGACGGAUACUUCGCCAGCGCUCCUGAAGUUCAGACUUCUGCAGCCGAGGUCGAGGCAGAAACAACAGCGGCUCCGGCACCUCAAGUCACCUCUGCCGCGCCAGUUGAGCAAGACGAUACCAGUGUUGGCGGGGCCGAUACAGGAACCCCGUACAUAGAGGACGGUACAAUGGUGGUUUGGGAUGCUAAGUGCGGUUGUCCUGUACCCGUGACGACGACUGUGGUGGUUCCUCCCCCCCCUGUUAUCACAGACAGCUAUCCUGCCAACGAUCCAACUACAGUAGAUCCUCCGCCUGAGACUACCACCGAGCCGCUUCCACCGCCUCCGGUUAUCACAGAUUCCUACACCGUAGUUCCGCCUCCAACCUAUGGGCCCUCAACCACCAGCGAGGAGCCUCCUGCGCCUCCAACAACAACGAGUGAAGCCCCUUUGCCCCCUACCACCACAACUGAGCCUUACGUACCUCCUACUACAACGACUGAAGCUCCUGAGCCUCCAACUACUACGACUGGGCCGUAUGAGCCUCCAACUACUACCACUGAGUCUCCUGAGCCUCCCACCACGACUGCGCCCCCUGAGACAACUCAAUCUUGCGCUCCUGGCGGCACCACCACUGUCACCGAAAAGAUUACAGAAAAGGUCACCGAAAAGGUCACCGUUACUGAGACUGAGAAGGUGACGGAAAAAGUCACGGAGAAGGUGACGAUAACCGAGACUCAAGCUGCAUCCACAAUCACAGAAACAGUUCAUGAGGGAACUACUGUGGUUGAGACUCGACCUGGACCAACAUAUGUUGAGACACAGCCGAUCACAGUGAUAGAAACUGUGCCCGGACCAACUUUCGUCGAAACGCUUCCAGGGGAGACUAUCGUUGAGACUCUACCUCCCGUCACAAUCACGGAGCCUGGAGUAACAAUCACCGAAGACGGGGGUACUGUUACUGUACCAGGACCAACAGUUACCGAGGCUGGAACGACUGUCACCGAGCCAGGCACUACUGUGACGCUCCCUGAAGUUACUAUAACAGAGCCUGGCAGUACCGUGACUGAGGCUGGUACAACUAUUACUCUUCCCGAGGAAACUGUCACUGAGCCCGGAAGCACUGUCACCGAGGCUGGAAAUACGGUUACUGAACCUGCUUUGACAAUUACCGACGUCGUUACUAUUCCAGGAAGCAAGGUUACUAUUACCAAGGCUGGAGAAGACGAGACAGUGACGAUCCCCAGAGCUAUUGUCCAGCCUGGCGAAGAUAGAACUGUGGUAAGGACUGUGACUCUACCUGGUCAGGAAACUGUUGUCACAGUGUCUGGCGAGGAAAGGACCGUCACAGUUCCCGGAGAGCGUACCGUUGUUACUGUCCCUGGAGGGCAGGCUACUGUCACCAUUGAAUCGGUCGUCACAGAGAGACUGCCUGCAGAGACUGUGACUCUGACUAAGGACGGUGAGACGGUUGUCACAGUGGUUCCAGGCCCUACAACUGUCUACACUACUACCUUGACCAUUGGCCAAACAGUACAGCUCCCUCCUACCACAGUCACGGCUACUCCUGGACGCAUCACCUUGUGCCCCAAGCCUACAGGUCGAUCUGCGCCACUCGACCGCAAGUCUGAUCUCACAUUUGGUUGCGAGCCAGGCUACGUCUGCAACCCGCCGAAGCCAGCAUGGUGCAACUUCUGGGCGGAGCCACCUGAUGAGGACUAUCUUUGUGAACCUCAAUACUGUAUCAAGGCUCCCAAGGUCAAGAAGGCGAAAUGGCGCAAGAACAAGACUGGUUUCUACCCUCGUUCUCCUGGUUACUUCAACCUGAACCCAGAGGCUUUCGGGCUUUCUUAUGAUAUCUUUGAGAAGCAAGUCUAUGAGAAGAUCGUGAGUGGAGAGCUGAAGACAUUCUCGACCGGAAACUGGGCUUCACAGACAACCUUGAGUGACUGGCCUGAUGCCACUACUUCGGUAGCAGAGUCCUAUGGCAACAUCCCCAGCAACAACCAACGACGUGGACUCCACAUGUACGACAGGCGAGAUGUCACUCCAGCCAUUUGCUACGAUGACUGUGAUGGUGCUUACAAGAUCGCACUCUCAACUGGAAAAUCAGACAGACUCUGCAGAGCAGGUUCUUCAUUCCGUGGUAGCUACGACAUGUGCCGCGACUGUAUUAGUGAUAACACCUCCAAGAGCAAGAACACCAUCCGCGAUUAUGUUGAGCCUGAGUUUAACCAAUUCAUCGAUUACUGUGAUGGAAAGGAUACCACGACUGUCACCACAGCUGCAUCUGGCCCUGAGUCCCAAGUUACUGGAUCUGCGGAUGUUGAGACGACAGGACAGGUCGAGGCCACCUCUGGCGGUUUCAGUGCCCUUCCAGUGACAACUGAAGAGUCUGAGCCCGAGUCUACUAGUGCUGAAGCCGAACCUACUACAGAAGCUGUUGUUACCUCGGAUGCUGCUGAGGCGACUAGUGCUGGGGAUGAGAGCACCGAUAUCGCAGAACCUGUUUCUACAGAAGAUGCUUCUACACGAGUUUCCGAGCAGGCCCAGCCGACCACAGAUGCAGCUGGAUCGACUUCUGGUGCAUCACAGCCAACCACAUCUGGAGAAGCUGCUGAAGAGAGUUCGGUUCCGGCUGAGACAACUGAAAAGGCCGAGGCGACCGAGACUGAGACAGCGGCUGAGGAGACAUCAACCAAUGGGUCUGAAAACUCUGAAGCUGGUGAGUCUACCAAUUUGUCUAUUACAGCCAAGAGUGUUGUCGGAACUGUCACAUCGUCACUUGGUGACUCUGAGACUGAUUUAGUUUCUACCCUUACAGAAACAGGAUCGAGAACAGCCCAGACCAAGGGUAUUGAGACGGAUUCUGCCGAGACAGGUUCAGAAACUGAUGCUUCUGGAGCUGCCACCGAGACGACUGUCAAAGCUACACGCUCUGGCAACGCAAAUGCUACUGAAACUGGAACAGAAUCUGGAGCUACCGCAACAGAGACAGAGUCAGGAUCAGGGAGAGAAACAGAGACUGGAUCUGGUGCUUCUGGAGCCGCUACAGAGAGAAGAUCGCGCCUCGAGACACGCACUUCAUCGUCUACCUCAGACGAAACUGCCGCACCUUCAACGGUUGAGGCUGCUGCGUCAAGAUUGAAAACUAGCUUUGCCACAAUCAUCGCGCUUUUCUCAAUGCUGAUGGUGCUCAUUUAAUCUUCAAACGACAAAACGACAACCACUUUUUUGGAUAUUUUUUUUCACGACACUCCUUACAUUAAUGUCUAUUCGACUAUGACUUCACGUUUAUGUUUACGCCUCAUGGAUACUCAAUGCACAUGCAAGAUUUUGGAAGAGAUGACUUUACAUUUUUGGAUAUUUGACUUUUGCCACGACACUCAUUUGGCGCAUGGUGGGAAGCAUAUAGAAUCAGCAUUGAGACACCAGACACUCCUUACAUAUAUACCACGGGGAUGAGCGAGGAGAUGAGAUUGUUUGGGCAGGAGAAUGGUGGCCAUAACUCGGCCAGGUUUGAUAGCAAGGAGAGCACAUCAAAUGCAUGGCAUGAGGUUGAAAAUUGAUCAUAUUGUCGCCGCCGAUUUGGCAGGCUUAGUUAACAAUCUUAUUGUCUGUGCUGUUUUGUAUGCGUUGGUGUGAUUUGAUGUGAUGUGAUGUGAUAUAGUACAAAUAUAGAGUACAAUCGCCCGUCCUAUCAUAUAGUGUACAAUCUGACAAA